AUGUCUAAAUGUAGCAGCAACAUUAAAGUAAGAUGUCAUGUUCACCCUCCAACCAUGUUCACAAUUCAUGGUUUGUGGCCGAGCAAUUACUCAAAUGCUAGACUUGUUUGUGCGCCACAACCAUUUAAUCCCACUCAGAUUGCAGCGUUAAGACCCCAACUAAAUACCUAUUGGCCAGACGUGAUCAAAGGAAAGAACCAACAAUUUUGGCAGCAUGAAUGGGAUAAACAUGGAAUAUGUUCAGAUCCUCCUUUCAAUCAACCUCAAUAUUUUCAAAUAACUCUAAAUAUUCGUAUAAAUCAUAGCUACGAUCUCCUGGCCAUCUUGAAUGCAGCGGGACUAGGCCCGUCUAACACAAAUAUUAGAGAAUACAAAGAUAUAGAAGGUGCUAUUCAAGCUGCCAUAGGUAAGAAGCCAGGUUUACGUUGCAACAUUAAUCCACAAUCUAAAGAAAAAAAACAAUUGCUUGAAAUCAUCUUGUGCUUCGACAAAGAUGGUAUCACUCUGAUUGAUUGUACUGAAUUUGCUGGAAUCACGUGCCCUCCACAAUUUGUGUGGCCCGAUCAACAACAUUUGAAUUUGGUCAGUACAGAUGGAGAGCUCUAA